CUUGCUUUAUGACUUGGUAAAGAACGUGGCCAGCACAUCCAAUCCGAUCCAGUCCAGUCCAUUUGUGACGCCAUCUUAUUCUGGUGCGGUGUUUUACGUGCGUCUGCCGCCUCCGUUCACCGACGUCGUUUGACAGCCGAGGCAGACAUGAAGCACGUGGAAGAAGCGGCCGUUCGCGCGGUUGGAAAGGUUCUCAAUGACCGGAGCCGACCGCUGAAGGAACGCUUUCGAGCGCUAUUCACGCUGCGCAACUUGGGCGGCCAGUGUGCGAUCGAGAGCAUCGCCAGCUGCUUCACGGACCCGUCGGCGCUGCUGAAGCACGAGUGCGCCUACUGCUUGGGCCAGAUGCGCGAUCCCCGCGCCAUCCCGACGCUCGAGAAGCUGCUGAGAGACGAGAAAGAGGAGGUGAUCGUGAGGCACGAAGCCGCCGAGGCGCUCGGGGCCAUCGCCGAGCCUCGAAGCGUGGAUAUUCUGCGCGAAUUCGCCGCCGACCAGACGGCCGUCGUGGCUGAAACGUGUCAGCUUGCGCUGGCACGCAUGUCCUGGCUGGCUAGCGCCGAGAGCAAGCUCGAUGCUUUUGCCGACAGUCCGUACAGUUCCGUGGAUCCCGCGCCGCCGCUGCUGCCGGACGACGGGGGAGGCGUCGAGGAUCAGGCGCAACGUCUGAUGGAUAAGUCGGCGCCGCUGUUCGAGCGCUACCGCGCCAUGUUUUCCCUGCGGAACGAAGGCAGCGAGCCGGCGAUACGGGCGCUGGCCGAAGGGCUUCGCUGUCCGAGCAGCGCUCUGUUCCGCCACGAGGUCGCGUACGUUUUGGGCCAGGCGAGGCACGAGGCCGCCGUCGAGCGGCUUGCCGAGGUCCUGGCCGACGAACAGGAGUGCGGCAUGGUGCGUCACGAAUGCGCCGAGGCGCUCGGCUCGAUCGCCACGGGAGAUUGCUUCGAGAUGUUGCGCCGCUUCGAGGCCGACGAGGAGCCGCUGGUGAGGGAGAGCUGCGCCGUGGCGCUGGACAUGUGCGAGUACGAGAACAGCUGCGAGCUGCAGUACGCCGACACUCUGCUCAAGGUGCAACCAGAGGCUCUCAUCUGAACUCUUUCCCCCCCCUUUCGUGUUUGUUGCGUCGCGAUGUUCCCCGAACCUCCACCGGCCGUUUCGUGUGAUUUGAUUACCCCCUUGCUUUGAAUUUACGGCACGCGAUGGUACCGAAGUUCGCACAGUACGCAGUCAUCGAUGGCAUUGCAUUUAAUGCUUGUUUUGUCUUCACAUUUGAUCAUCUUUCACACAAAUGCGCAGUGUUAUGCUCGCUCUGAAAUUGCCUUGUGCGUCAAGUUGUUGCUUAAACCCAAGUAAAUCUGAGUAGUAAUGUUUGCCGAUAAUGUUGCAUCAAAGGCAUGUGUUGGGAUUGAGGUGUGCAUAAGCUGCUGAAAUUGAAAGUAGUGCCUGGUUUCAGCUUUUGAUGAGACUCGUUACCACCAGUUCAUACGAGAGUGUGUUCGUGUGUAUCUCCGAAGGGUCAGGCGCACAUGAGAAUGUCAGACCUUUGAUAGUCGACAGGCAUGGCUUGCACUACACGUCCAACUUAAACAUGCCGCGCACAUAAAGGGCCCCUGUGAUGCUAAUAGAUUGUGUAGCUUUUAUUAGCUGUUUGCCUAAAAUGUGCCCUCACAAAGCCUCAAUUGCCAUGAAGGCAUUGGAGUAGUUAAUAUAUUAAUUUUCUCUCACUAUGUUUGUUCCUUGCACACUGCAGCAUCGAUUUCUUUCAGUGGUUGUGAUGCAUUAUGCUCCUUACUUUGGUUAGUUGGGCAUGCAUUCUGCACAUGUUUUUCACAUACAUAAUGCAUGUGUGACAAACAGUUGCAAAAAUGCAGUGCAUUAUAAUAUAUGCAACCAUUUCACCUAGAAAGCAACCAAAAAAUUAGAUUUUAAGAUAUCCAUAGGAUCAUGUUGUGACAUGGGGGGCUAUUACAGGGGGCAUUGCUUACCAUUUUUAGUCAAAGCAGAUUUGGUUAGUGCCCCUUUCAUGUUUCACUCCAACCCCCUUUUUGUUUUUCACCAAUUUUAGAGCUAAAGGUGGCGUAACCCAUCCUAACUUAUUUUGGCAGCUGCUCACACUUUUUUCUCACAAAAGAGCUGAGAUCAGCGAGCCUUGCUCAGCUGAGCCAAGAAAUGACACCAUUGGAAAGAACAAGCACCCAUUGUGGCAAUUAAGCCACCUUGAUAUUGUAAGUUCCUGGUACACAUUUAGGAAAGCGCUGUUCUUAUUGGUAGCAACCUGUGUAGCAACCUCUGGCAGCAACCUCUGGGCAAGUGAAAUGUGGAGAAAGGUGCUUCGUUUCUAUCUGGUUCUGUUUUUAAGGUAGAGUAACUUUCUAUUACGCAGCAGAGUUAUGCUGCGUACUCGGGGGGGGGGGGGGGGGGGCUCUACAAAGCAUUCCCUGUAACGUUAUGCUUUACUGUCAGAGUAAUGUCGCAGGGCUCCCUUCACAUUGCUGUUGUUUGCACCAUGAGGAAGUAGUGACUGGAAAUAUGUCACAUUGAUGAGCUAGCCCUUGUAAAAUGUGCGAGUUUGUUUGGCUCACAAACUUGUCUUCGUUAUAAGUGGCAUUCGACAGUUGUCAUUGUUAUUCAUUUACAUUCUCGCUGGCACAUCACAGGUGGCUUCAUUUUGCACUAAAUGUGACGGGCUAGGCUACGUGAAUUUGAGGCUGUGGAGGGGAGGAGUGAUUUAUUAAUAUUUUUAAAAUUUAUGAUACCUUAGAGGCCCUGUGUAGGAGGCUUCAGUAAAGGGUUUGACAGUAAUAUAAAGGUAAUUCUUUUUUUUUUAUUCAAUACUACAGACCAGCACAGGUCCAAGCAGGAGAGGGAAACAUGGUAAAAGAUCGAAAUACAUACAAUAUAAACAGUACAAUAGCACCAGAAGCCACCACACAUGUGUAACAGUACAAGAAUUGUUUUUUUUUUUUUUUUUUUGAAAUCCAGAAUCGCUAAUACACAGCAUCAAUACAAUUUUAACGCCUUACACUUAACACACCAGUUGACAGAAUCGCAGAAUUUUAGAAAAGUGUAUUCCACUACGAGAUCGACCUUAAUGCAAGAAUACAACUCAUAAACACAAAAUUAUACACGACUGGUAGGUGUAGCAAAAACAGACAAAAACAAGAAUUUUUAGUGUAAUCUUGCACUGCAAUGCUUGUUUGGUAGAAGACAGUUGGUGCAUUGCCUGUCAGAUAUUUUUUGCAAUGACAUUGAUGCCACUGCUACACAGGUAUUCGACCUCCCAAACCUUUGGAUGAUUUUUAUGGAAACACAGGAAUACCAAAGUAUAUUGUGCACAGACAGCUUUGAUAAGCACUGUGAAAUUUUCUGAAAUCAGCAUAAUGAAUACUAGCAAUCAUAAAGCUAACUUAUGGCUGUUAAGUGCAGCAUAGGCAUCCUGUUUGUUAUCUUCAGCUUGCAUUGCCUUGCUUAAUAUGUUUGCAGAUGCCCACUCGAAGUCUGUUGUGUAUGUUCACAUUAUUUCUAUGCCUCUAUAAUAAUGACUAUUUGAUUAAUUAAACAGCAUUUUCACACACUGGACAGCGUUCACAUGUUGCUUUUUGCUGCUUCGCUGUGGCAGUGAAGGGCUGCAGCGUCAUGUCAUGCCCAAGCGUCGCUAGAGACAAACACGACUUGCCGGCAAGUUUUCACUUAAUAUAGUUACCGGUUAUGCUGAUGUGGUCGGUCUCCCGUUUGCCAUGUUUCCUGUAAUUGCUGUGGAAGCGGUUCUGAUACUCGGAGGGCAGCCGAGAUCUAGUCUUGGAAUACGCAGUGGGUUCACAUUGUACCAAAUGUUGAUCUGUGUAAGUUAAGGCUAAUAGGUAAUGCAUGAUGUAAACCUGGAGCACUGAACAAAACAAGCAGUAUGUGCGUGACAUGAAUACAUCUAAUUCCUCUGACACGGCUAUCGAGUGCUGUAAGUUUUCACCUUAGAACUGUGUCAAUACGUUUAGCAGUGCAAGAUUGUAUUGGGAAGCAUCCUGGUUCAUGAAAGGCUUUCAUCCAGUUGUUGAAAUAAUUGUUCCGGCUUGUGGAAUAUUGAAUUGGUGACUGCUGAAGGGCCUAAACUGCCUUAGUCAGGUGGUGAACUCUGUUUUGAUUCCCCAUGCCAUGACCUUUCCCUCUCCGGUUUGAAAUCUUCAAGGUUUGGUGCAGAGUCGGCACAUGGUAACACAUUCCUUUGAUCUGUAGAUUCCUGCACAACUUUUUUGACGAAGUAUUCUAAACACACAUUGUAAAUUGGUCUUGUUCAGCAAACUUCAUUUUUUAAAUUUUGCAUGACAUAGUGUACUGUGGGACACCUCGUUGGAACAGUGAGUGUUGACGAAUCGACAUCUGUUAAACUAGAUUCACUUAGAAUAUGAGCCCCAUAAUUGUUGAACACCGGUAAAAAAGACUAACCUACACAUGGUUUUUACCUGAUGCCAGCUCCAUAAGUUGCCCCUGUAAUCUGCAGCUAGCUUGCAAAGGGUACUGGUGUGUUUUAAGUGCCAACCACAGUGCUAACACUGCAAUGUUGUAAUGCUUCCUGGAUCUGGAAAGAGCAUUGCUUUAAUGCCCAAGUGAAAAGAUGUAAUUCUCCCCAUCACGCCAUCAUGCGCAGUAAACCGAAUAUGUUUAUGUACAUGGAAUGAGCUGUUGGUCAGUCUAAGAAAUGCUACUUUGGCUAAAUGAAUGCUGCAGAAAUUGUAGGCGUGCUCUAAGUGUGCUUCAAUAUGAGUCAUAAUUUGUGAUCAUAUCACCUCCUCGACACUCAGUACACUUCCUGCAUCUUUUUUUUUUUUUGGUCACGUUUCUGGAUGUGAGCUGGUGUUGUGUUGCACAAAAAUGACGCAACUUCAGUAGUUAAUGCCACAUGUGGCAGCAGAUGGAGGGGCACCCGCAUGAAGAUACGUGCCAGCUUCUUCACCGUGGAGUUGAUCUUUGUUAUUGAACAAGCAGGAAAACUGAACUCUGAAACCGUUGUUCUUUCACUCUGUAAACAUGCCGAGGUCAACAAGCAGCCUUAAGAGUACACCUGAAUACAUCGCAUAUGGAAUGUUCGUUGAAAGCAUCGUUGUGCGUGGGUAUUGUGGGGUCGUACACUGUAGCCUGUGUUGUAGGUAGCUGUGCAGUUGUGUUUUCAUCAUGGUCAGAUCACAUUUUUUCAGAUAUAUAGAACAGCCUGCCUUACCUUAAUCUGUGGCUGUUCUGACAAUCUCAACUUUCUCUGUUGCUAACACUCUGCUGUACAAAGGCUAUAAGCAGGGCUGGUUGGCUUUACAUUAAACAUGGCCUACAGGGCAGACGAUAAGACAAAAGAUUGAGUAUAAACAUAUGUUGUGUUUGCGUGCCAUUUGUCCUGUUGUCUGCAUUGUUCACCAUGUUGCACCUUCAUGUUUUUUGAAACGCAUUGCUCCGAGGGACAACACAACAAAAAUGAUGAGCAAUUUGGAGCAGAUAAAGAAAAGGGUGUUGAACCUCUCUUUGGCUCAUCAACUGCGGAACCUUCUUGGGUUUCUUGUUCUCUGACGGUCAUCAUGAAUCUUGAGAGUGCACUUUUGAAUCUGAUGUGAAUGGUGCCUGUGCCAAACUUGAGAAAGUUGUACUUCUAAGAAAAAGCUCUUUUAUUGGCCACUACUUUACAAAAGUGUCAAAUGUGUGAUGGCAGCAUUGAGACGCAUUUACCUUGUGCCAGAGCAUUUGUGUUGUAUCUGUACUGCGUGAGUUCUGUAUAACACAAUUAUCUGUUAUGCCUUGGACUGGAGCUAUUGGUAAUGGCUUUGUUACAGCACAUUAGCUACUAGAAAAAAGAAAGCUGCUAUUGACCAGAACUAGAAUGAAUAUGUCUGUAGUUGGGUGGAUGACACCUUUCCCUUUCAGUAACUAUAAUGAAGCAGUCAUGUCACCUUGGCUGUACAGCUGUUUAAAAAAAAAAAGCAAGGUGGUGGAGGGGGGUGGGGGAGAGUGUGAUCAGUAGAGUGCUAUUGCUUUUUGCAUUAUUUUAUCUGUCAUCCCUUUUAUAGUUGAAUUUGUUUCCCUGCUGCUGUUGCACCUUUUGCCAGGCAUUUUUCACUCUUUUCAAGCUUAGGGUAAUGUGGCACGUGCUAUGGUAGAAGUAGCCUGCUUUUAAUUAGCUGACGUGUGAAUGCAUCAUAAGACUUCACAGGCUUAAAAUUUCAGUUAAUAUACACAUAUUUGCUGCCUAUUCUAUCUGCUUAGCAUGUCAUGUGCUCAUAACAUAAUAGCGAUGUAACUUUCACCACACAGGAAUAAAUUUCAGGCCACCUCAUGGGAGUCAUUGCUCAUGACUAGGAAAAGGAAAAAUGCCCAUCUUCGAUUCUUUCAUUUUGUAUGAAUUUUUUUUAUGUCUGUAUGAAUUUCACCAGAACAAUGUUGUAACAUACUACCAGAGGCGAGUAGCCAGGAAGUGGCACACCUGGCACAUGCCCCCCCCCCCCCCCCAUCAAAAUUUGUUAGUUUGUGGCCUGCCCAGCCCCCCUUCCUCCCUGUCCCCGAUCAAGUGCGUGCUUACCCCUAAAGAAUUUCUCGCUAUGCCACUGCAUACCACACACUGUUCACUGAGGACAGCUCCUGGCAACAGUUGUAUUUUGAAAGCCGGUUAAAUUUGCCCAACUGCUGGAGGUCUAUGAUCUAGCCUGGCUACCUUGCUGAGGAUUAUUGGCACCAGUCUUUUAACAAUUUACUUUUUGAAUUUGCAAGACAUGAAAUUGUCACUGUCCUUUAUAGCCAUUGCAUAGCAGAAUGGGUUUUUAGCUUCUAAACAAAAUAUUGGCAGAGUAAAAGUAGUUAAGUUUCUCAUUGAGCUCUGGACAAAAACAACUAAAAGGUCAAAAGUUAAAUGAGAGGUGAUGGCCACCUUUGAAUCAGCUCAUUCACUACAUUCUGCACUGCACCCUGUUUGGGGCAGCGUAAGAAAAGAAAACAAAAAAUGUGAGUCUGCAACUAAAUUGAACACUUCCAGAUGACAUGAAGUAAUGAUCCAAGUCUUUCUGGUGGCAUUGGCUUGUGUUAUUGCAACCUCCAGCAGCUGUGCUGUAACUCAGGUUUAAUGUUAAGAGUUAUAAAAGUGUUGUCUGAAUGAAUGUUUGAAUAUUUAUUGCAUAGAAGGGUACUAUAUCUGCCAAAUCAUUUAUAGCAACUGUAAAGAGCAAUUGUCCCAAUAAACAACACUCAAUAUCAA